AUGCCUCUGAAUACUUCCGUGGCAAUGAUUCGGAUGCGUCUUGCCAUCCUUUUCCUUUCCAUCACCUGGCUGGUCCUUGCCAGUCUCAGUUCAGCCACUGUACGCUUUGCGGUCGUCCUGCGAGACUGCGCAAGAUCUGACCUCGUCACCUCGAGCGACUCUAUUUUGGACAUCGCAUUCCAAAACCUCAUGUAUAACGUCGUUGAGGCCAUGGUGAUUGUGGCCCUGAUCUCAGCCCUGAUAUUCAUUCUUCGGGUUUGCCCUUGUGAUCUACCCGAAUUCGUUACAAGAGAAAUGUACCGCUAG